AUGCAAGUGACAAGGUUCGGUGACAAACUUUCUACAAGCUGUAUGAUUAAUGGAGGAGUUCCCCAAGGUAGUCGUAUUGGUACAAUCGCCUUCGUCGUUCAUAUUAAUGGACUGAAGGCAGUGAUUAAAGACACCGAGAGCAGUUUGAUUGUUAAUUCAAGCAAUGAUGUCAAUGAUG